CCACCACCGCUGCCGGCUUCUCCUUGCAGCGCCUUUGCGCGCCCCCUAGUGGCUGCUGGCUUCGAGUCCCAUCACCACGUCGCCCACCCUCUCGCGUCAGCCUAGAUCGGCGCAUGCGUCCACCUGCUUGCCCAGCCCAGCUCCCCGCGAGGGGCGACGCCUCGAGGUGAAACCGGGGAAGGUGUGGGAGGUUGACCCUUCGCGGGGCGCAGUGGUCCUAGAGAAGCCGCGGCUCUCCGCCGCCGGGAGCGGGUGCGAUGGCGGAGGAGCAGGAGUGCUACAGUACUGAGCCAGACUCCAACCGUGAGCCAGCAACGAGUGCAGAACCGACAGUGUCCCCAACGCAGACCUCUGAGGUCGCUGCGGGGUCACCGGAGCCUGAGGACUACGACAGCAAGUGCGUGUUCUGUCGGAUUGCGCGGGGGCAGGAACCGAACACCGAACUUCUGCCUUGUGAGAACGAAGACCUAGUUUGCUUCAAAGAUAUCAAACCCGCAGCACCUUAUCAUUACCUUGUGGUGCCAAAGAAGCAUGUUGGAAACUGCAGAGAUCUAAAGAAAGAUCAAGUAGAACUGGUUGAGAACAUGGUAGCUGUUGGAAAAACCAUCGUUGAAAGGAAUAAUUUCACUGACUUCAAAAAUGUGAGGAUGGGUUUCCAUAUGCCACCAUUCUGUUCCAUUUCCCACUUACACCUUCAUGUUCUAGCACCGGUGAAUCAGCUUGGCUUCAUAUCAAAAUUGAUUUAUAGAGCCAAUUCCUACUGGUUUAUAACAGAAAUAAAAUCUUUGCUUUCACUUUUUGGAGGUCAAUUCACUACCAGUCAGGAAACCUAUGGAAAGUCUCCAUUUUGGAUACUUAGCAUUCCCUCUGAAGAUAUUGCCAGAAACUUAAUGAAACGGACAGUGUGUGCCAAGUCUAUAUUUGAACUGUGGGGUCAUGGAAGAUCUCCAGAGGAGCUGUACAGAUCUCUUAAAAACUACCCUGUGGAGAAGAUGAUUCCAUAUCUACAUUCAGACUCCACGUACAAAAUAAAGAUUCAUACGUUUAAUAAAACAUUGACACAAGAAGAAAAAGUUAAACGGAUAGAUGCGCUUGAAUUUCUGCCGUUUGAAGGAAAAGUGAAUUUAAAAAAGCCACAGCAUGUAUUUUCUAUUUUGGAAGAUUAUGGUUUGAACCCAAACUGCAUCCCUGAGAAUCCACAUAAUAUUUAUUUUGGUAGAUGGAUUGCAGAUGGACAGAGGGAGCUUAUUGAGUCCUAUAGUGUUAAAAAGAGACACUUUAUUGGAAAUACAAGCAUGGAUGCUGGUUUAUCAUUCAUCAUGGCCAACCAUGGAAAAGUGAAAGAAAAUGAUAUUGUCUUUGAUCCAUUUGUUGGAACAGGUGGCUUGCUGAUAGCAUCUGCCCAUUUUGGUGCGUAUGUAUACGGGACAGACAUAGACUACAACACAGUUCAUGGCGUGGGAAAGGCUAGUAGGAAAAACCAGAAAUGGAGAGGACCAGAUGAAAACAUUAGGGCAAAUCUUCGUCAAUAUGGUUUAGAGAAGUACUACCUUGAUGUCUUGGUUUCAGAUGCAUCUAAACCUUGUUGGAGGAAGGGCACAUAUUUUGAUGCAGUCAUCACUGAUCCCCCGUAUGGUAUCAGAGAAGCUACCAGGAGAACAGGUUCGCAGAAGGAAAUACCAAAGGGAAUAGACAAAUGUCCAGAAAGCCAUGUUCCUGUUUCCUUGAGCUACCAUCUGAGUGAUAUGUUUUUCGACCUAUUAAACUUUGCUGCUGAGACCCUUGUAUUAGGUGGAAGACUAGUCUACUGGUUACCAGUGUACACACCAGAAUACACCGAAGAAAUGGUACCCUGGCACCCUUGCCUGCAGCUUAUUAGCAACUGUGAGCAGAAGCUUUCCAGUCACACAUCAAGGCGCUUGAUAACAAUGGAAAAGGUGAAGACAUUUGAGGACCGGGACCAGUAUUCACACCUGUUGAGUGACCAGAUUCUGCCGUACCAAGGUCAUAAUUCCUUUCGUGAGAAAUAUUUCAGUGGGGUAACAAAAAGAAUUGCCAAGGAAGAAAAGUCCAGCCAGGAGUGAAAAUUAAGAUUUUUGACAAUGAAGAAAGAAUAAAGAUUUCAUAGAAAAGACAUCUGGAUGUGAACUUUAAUGUAUGAUCCAGAAAACAUAGUUUUAAAAAUGAGUUUGCUAAAAAAAAAAACUACAAAGUAAAUUGAGCAAUCCUUUUACAAUUAGCUUUGUUUUAGAGAAUAUUUUAUUGUGUUUUUUUGAACUUUAAUUUAUAUUUGUACUUUCAAGUAUUAAUGGACAUUGACUCAACACAGUUAUAUUUUUGACCCUUAAUUUACAAAGGGAAUAAUUAUUGUUGGUUUUUAAACAGGUAUUGAUAGAUGUGUUAUAGGCAGUUACUAGUAGUUGAGAAUUACUCAUUAGGUAGACUUGUUUAAUUUGGUUUUUAAUUGUAAUUGAUUUACCUUGCCACUAAUAAAGGAUACUGAGAAUUCUUAAAAUCAUAUGGUAUUCAAGUGCUUUCUGGGGGGGUGCAAUGA